CACCCACGGGCCACGGCCAACACCGCCAUCCACGCUGUCCCAAUGCACAGAGCGCGUGCUCCCGCCACCCUCGCCUCUCGCGCCCUCGUCCGCGACAACCAGCGCAUAACCGCCCUCGCCCGAGCCGGCGACCUCGCCGCCGCGCGCCGGGUGUUCGACGCCAUGCCCCGCCGCGACGUCGUCUCCUGGAACGCGCUCCUCACCGCGCUCUGGCGCGGCGGCCGCGACCUGCCCGCGGCGCGCCGCCUCUUCGACGACAUGCCGUCCCGCAACGUCAUCUCCUGGAACUCCGUCGUCGCCGGCUGCCUCGCGCACGGCGACCUGCCCGCCGCCGCCGCCUACUUCGCGCGCACGCCGCGCCGCAACGUGGCCUCCUGGAACGCCAUGCUGGCCGGGCUCGUCCGGCUCGGCCGCAUGGAAGACGCGCGGAGGUUGUUCGGCGAAAUGCCCGAGAGGAACGUGGUGUCCUUCACCACAAUGGUGGACGGGCUGGCCCGGCGUGGGGAGGUGGCGAGGGCGCGUGAGGUGUUUGACGAAAUGCCCGAGAGGAACUUGGUGUCAUGGGCAGCGAUGAUCAGUGGGUACGUUGAGAAUGGCAUGUUCGACGAGGCAAGGCAACUGUUUGAAGCGAUGCCAGAGAAGAAUGUUGUGGCGUGCACGGCCAUGAUCACUGGCUAUUGCAAGGAAGGAGACGUGGAGAGUGCCAGGAGGCUUUUUGAUGGGAUUCGUGUCAAAGACGUCAUCUCUUGGAACGCCAUGAUUGCAGGAUAUGUUCAUAAUGGACACGGGGAAGAAGCUUUGAAAUUGCACAUCAUAAUGCUCAGAGAAGGUGAGAAACCAGAUCAUGCGACUCUCAUUGCAAUCCUGACAGCGUGUUCUGCCCUUGCUUUGCUCAGACAAGGAAGAUCAACACAUGCUGUUGGCACCAAAACAUUGUUGGAAUCUAGCACAUCCUUUUGUAAUGCUUUGAUGACAAUGUAUAGCAAGUGCGGCGAUGUCGGUGAGUCCGAGUUAGUAUUCCUAAAUCUUAAAAGCCAGGAUAUUGUGUCGUGGAACACAAUAAUUGCGGCAUAUGCACAACAUGGCAAAUAUCAUAAAGCUAUUUCUCUCUUCCAUGAGAUGGAAACACGAGGACUGAUACCAAAUGAUAUUACCAUCCUUAGUGUGCUAUCAGCAUGUGGGCAUGUUGGCAGGGUGGAUGACAGCUUGGAACUAUUUGAUCUUAUGACAUUCAAAUACGCGACAUCUCCAAAAGCUGAACACUAUGCUUGUAUUGUGGAUAUAUUGGGCCGAGCAGGACAAUUCGAGAAAGCGUGUAGUUACAUAAAAGAGAUGCCAUUUGAAGCUGAGAAGAAUGUUUGGGGUGCAUUGUUGGGGGCUUCGAAGACUCAUGGUAAUGUGCAGUUGGGUGAAUUUGCUGCGAAAAUGCUUGUGCAGUCAGACUCAGGAAGUUCAGGGCCUUACGUGAUGCUUUCGAAUAUAUAUGCUGCUGCUGGCAUGUGGGGUGAUGUCAAUCGAGUAAGAGGACAAAUGAAGGAAAAAGGUGUGAAGAAACAACCUGGAUACAGCUGGACUGAGAUUGCUAAUCAAGUUCAUAUGUUUGUGGGUGGUGAUGCAUCUCACCCAGAGAUGAACAAGAUCACUUCUGAGCUAAGAAAAAUCAGCUUUCAUAUGCAAAUGAUGGCCAAUGGAACUCAUACAGUAGUAGAGCUGGUCCAAGAAUGUGGACACUAGUGUGUUUUUCAUACCCUCCGUGCUCUCAUGCCAUUUGCAACAUCUGCUGUCAGAAUCUCUCUUUGUGAGUUCAAGGAUCAAAAUCACGGGCAAAUUUUUUUUCUCGAACACACGCCUAAGCAUGGGUCAUUAUAUAUUAGAAGAAAACCGUCAGAAGACGGGAGCAUUACAAGAUUGUAGCAGAGCUACAAGAGAGUUGAGAGAAAGAAAAAAGACUGUACAAGGCUAACUUUUGUUAAGCCUGCAGGUGCUGAUCUAGGUUGUCAUCAGGAGGCCGGGCAUGGAGAGGGAGCUGACGAAGUGCUCUAGCACCAGGAAGCAUCCAAAGCUUUGCUUCUUCGAGGAUCGACUGGACUAGGUCUUGUCUGUUUGGUGCGGUGUUUUUAAAGACAGUGUCAUUGCGCGUCUUCCAGAGCCUCCACAUAGUUAGGAUGAUGAUGAUGGACCUGGCUCCUUUCUUGACUGAGGGUUCAGUAUUCAUCACAGCAGUUUCGAACCAGGGGUUGAACUCCUCGUCGUGGCCUGGAAUGCAUGACUGAAUGUUUAGCUGGCUGCAGAUGUCGAACCACACUUGCUGAGAGAAUGAGCAUUGAAUCAUAAGGUGGCCUAUGGAUUCUUCCUCCUGGUCACAUAGAGCACAUGUGUCAUCGUUGGAGAGGCCGUGGCGCAUGCGCCGCUGAGCUGUCCAGCAGCGAGCCAGGGAAAGACUUCGCAUUUCAGGGUAGCCCAACACUCCCAGAUGGAUUGGUGGUGGGGGGAUCUAGCCAUGCCUUCAAAGAGAGCAGAGUAUGCAGAUUUGACAGAGUACUCUCCAGAGGCGGUGAAGUCCAGGUGAUUCCUUCCUAAUCUGGAAUGAGGUGUUAGUCAGUCAGUGUUUCAACAAGGUUCAGAAACUGCCCAAUAGCUUCAGCAGAUAGCGCAACUGAUAUGUGUCUGAUCCAAGCAUUUCCUGGGAGUACCGAUGCCACUUUCCGAGUUCUGAAAGCGCGUUUGCCAACACCAGCGAUGACGGCAGUUGCUAGGUCGACGAUGCUUUGCCCUGCGAUCCGACGGUCAGACCAGAAGAAGAUUCUGGCACCAUCGCCCAACUGAACUUUGGUUGCUGCAUGAAUCAGGGCGUCGAUGUGCUUGUUUGUUUUGAUCGGAAAGUUCCUCCAGGGCUUCGUUGCAUCAACAGAACUCAGCCACGACCAUUUGGCUCUGAGGGCCCAGCUCAUCCGCUCGAUGUCAAGCACUCCAAGACCACCGAGCUCAGCCGGGCGGCAGACCUCGUUCCAGGCUACUGCACAGCUGCCGCCGCCAUCGUCACGACCUGAAGCCCCGAAAAAUGUCCUCUGACAUUUGAUAAUGGCCUCCCUGAUUGGUUUUGGUAUUUCUGUGGCAAGCAUGAUGUGGAUGGGCGUCGCAGCAAGUACGGAUUUGAUCAAGACAAGGUGAUCACCCUUGGAGAGAAGACCGGCACGCCAUCCAGAGAGUUUGUCAUGCAAGUUAUCAAUCAGUUGUUGUAGAUCCUGAAUGCGAAGCUUCCAAAGGGACAGAGGGACCCCAAGGUAGGGGAUGGGAAAGUCUUGUAUUGGGCAGAGAAGAUGCUGUGCAAUGUUCGGACGCUCAUGCUCGCUGCAUCUAAUGGGUGUAGCGGUGCUCUUGAGGAUGUUGGUGUGCAGCCCAUUUGCCUCUCCGAAAAUAUGCAGGAGUUCCUCUGAUUGUCUCACAGUCAGCCACAGUUGGCUUGAUGAGAACGACAGUGUCAUCAGUGUACAGAGAGGUGCAACAUGCUCCCCGACUACCUUGCAGAUUAUCGAGCAGUCCGAGCCGUGCAGCAAUAUAAACAAGGAGGUGAAAUAUUUCCAUGACUAGUGCUAUUUGUAGAAAUCUCCUAGUGGGAUGUGCUUGAUGCAAUUUUAGUUUGGUCCAUUUGGACAUAAGGAGCUCUAAUGUUCUGGUGAAAUUGACAUCAUUAACAUUACGAAAGGUUGAUCUUCUGUGA